CCAUGAACUGUUCGGUGUUGCGUUCCACCAUCUUGGAUCUAUAUUCUUUUUUUAGCGUCACCAAAACAUAACAAAAUAUCCACCAGGGGGCGUUCUAGUGCGGUUUUCAACCUUGCUGGUCCAGCUUAACUUACAAAAGGCAGCACAAUGAGCAUUAUUAAAUUCUCCAACAUUAGUGGAAAUUCUUAAUUAAUAGAAGCAUAGGCUUCCACUUCCAAUAUCCCCAUGGAGAUAAAGAGAGAGGAAUGGAGAGAAAAAGAAAAUGGAGAAAGAAAGAGGGCAACACUCUUCUCAAAGCCCUUUAUAAUAGUUUUUAACUGAUCAAAUUAAAAUGUAUGGUCUUUACUGCUCAACAUUUACAAAUAACCACACAUUCCUAACAAAUUAUAUAAAAGCAUCCCUGAGAAAGUGUCAAUGAAAACACAAAAACAGUUUUCUGAGAAAGUUACAUCCUAAAAACAGUAGUUAUAAAACGUUCACAUUGGAGACCAAACCACUUUCACAGACUACAUUGAAGUCUAUUGAUGAAGUUGAUGAUGAUACAACAUUAACUUUAUUAUAAGACCAAAUCAAUGCUAAUGCUUGCCCAUCCUCACAGCCUAACUGUAUCCUUCCAGUUAUUAUGUAGCUUGUUUCCACAGAAAAAUGUAAUGCUCACAUACACACACAGGGUACACGCCUACCCACUUAAUGCAAGCAAAACUAAUGCUGCAGAGUACUGCAGAAAACAAAGUCCCUCCCCUUGAUGUUAUGACUCGUUUAUACAGAGUAGUCAGUGAAUAGGAGGGAGUGAGAGAGUAGGGAAGAGUGGUGAUGUGCCAGUUCUGGGUUCGUUACAGAGAUUUCGAAUUUGAUGCAGAAGAUUGAACAGUCAGUGUGCCUUCAUGGGCUCUAAAUGUGGCAAGACUAAAGUUACAUCUGUCUCAGCUGAACUACAUGUUUACUGGAAGAUGUUUUUGCUGAAGGAGAACACAAAAAGGAGAAAAGGAACUAAUUCACAUUUUAUUACAAUCUGAGCAAAGAUAAGUUAGAUACUGAACGAUAAAAAAAGAUGUCCUCUCCAGGUGUCAAGCCAAGGGAGCAUGUGGAUGUGGCGUACAUCUCCAUUGAGAUAGCCAUUUCUGUGGCCUCUGUCCUAGGGAAUGUAUUAAUUGUGCUUGUGGUGUAUGUGAACCAGGCUCUCCGUGACACCACCUUUAGCUUUAUUGCAUCUCUGGCUGUGGCUGACAUUGCUGUUGGAAGUUUGGUUAUCCCUCUGGCCAUUGUCAUCAGUCUGGGAUUCAGGACGCAGUUCUACACCUGCCUCAUCCUCUCCAGCCUGGUGCUGAUCAUAACUCAGAGCUCCAUUCUGUCCCUCCUGGCCAUAGCUGUCGACCGAUAUCUGCGCAUAAAGAUUCCCACAAGGUACGGCGACAUAGUGACCCAGGGGAGGGCGUACAUGGCAGUUUGUAUGUGUUGGAUCCUCGCCAUCCUCAGUGGAUUGGUUCCAUUGGUUGGCUGGAACAACCUGCACCACGGGAACUUCAGUAACUCCAAAGAGAUAGUUUGUGAGUUUAAAACUGUUAUUCGGAUGGACUACAUGGUGUACUUUAAUUUCUUCGCCUGUGUGGUGGUGCCACUGGUCUUGAUGAUCAUUCUGUAUGGGGAGAUCUUCAGAGUGAUCCGGCAGCAGCUCAACCGCCGUGCUGAGGCCACUAGUGACGGAGAAAAGUACUACCGAAAGGAGCUGAGGCUGGCCAAGUCACUGGUCUUGGUGGUUGUUCUUUUCAUAAUGUGCUGGAUGCCAAUACAUAUCAUAAAUUGCAUCGACUUCUUUUGCUCAGACUAUGACAUACCCAAGUUUGCUGUGUAUAUAGGAAUUUUUAUGUCUCAUGUAAACUCAGCACUCAACCCGAUGGUUUAUGCAUUCAGAAUGAAACGGUUCCGUCUUACUCUGAUCCAAAUAAUUCGCCGCAGCAUAUUAUGUAACCCAAUGGUGCCCACCCGAUGCCCUACUAGCGCAAUAGAAGGGAGUGAAAAUAUGGGUGUGAGCCUAUAUUGAAGAACUUUAUUUGGUAACAUUUUGUUUGACGGAUUGUGAAUAAGACUGUAUUGACACCGUCAUAAACAUGACAUAACACCUGUUAUGAACAUGAGUAAGUCUUCAUGAAUAUUUAUGACUGUUGUCAUAAAGUGUCAUUUGGUAAAUCAUGACACUUUUAAUACAAAGUUGACAUUAUUCAAACUGUCUUCAUUUUGAUAACUUGACAUUAAGUAAAAAAUCAUGAUCUGACAUAAAUUUGUUAUAAAAGUAUUACUGAUUAAACUUUAGCUUUAAUAACAUGAAGCUACAUAUUUUUAAAGUU